AUGAUUUUUUAUUUGUUGUAGCAAAUAACUGGAGCUAAAGUGGGAAAUAAUUUAAGCAGCUAGUCUUCUUCCAAUUCAUAGCUUUUAAUGAAAUGUUUGGGUACUAAUGAAAUUCAUGAACGGAUUCUUGAAAUGAAAUUUGAUAAAGUUAGAUAUUUAAAUAAAUAACAUCCAUCCCCAUCCCUCAGAGGAGGAGGAUGUGGAGGAUCCAAAAAAAAAAGUCAGAUGUCAAUCACAAUUCCUAUUAACUACUAAUCAACAAUGAAAUAAAAUUGCCAAAUACUUAUAGAUAAAUGUGAUUAAAUUUCGGAUGGUUUUUCAAGAAAUGAAUUAAUGAUGUCAAUAUAAUGGUUUUCUGAUAAUAGAUAUUGGAUUUGUGAAAUUUGCAAAAAUGACAACUUGAUAUUGAUGCUUUAUGAUGUCGCAUUAAAUUCAUUUAGACAGCUUAUUUCAGUAAUACCUGUUUAUUUAAGGGGUUCAGGAUGUCUUUGCUAUUAUGUUUUAGAAGUUUGUAAUGAUUUAUUAUUGAUAAUUUAUACCUAUUAACUAAAUGAUGAUAGCCGUUAUCUUACAGUUGAAAUGCAUGGCGAUUUAUUAACAGAGAUUGAUAUUAUCAAAAAUGAUCUUGAAAUUCAUAAAAAUUUUUGGAUAAGGGGAUUGGAAUUUUAAAUCACUUUGAUAAAAAUAGUCUUAAUAAAUAGUAAGACAAAUUCAAAGGAAUAAUAAGAUAAAUUAAUAUCUAUUGCAUCUUCUGCUUUUUCUUCUAUAUUAUCACUCUCAAUAAGUGAAGAUUUUACAAAUGCCUUAUUUGAUUUUGCAAAAUAUUUGUUAAUUGAAAAAUUUAAUUAGUAUAGCUUUCCUAUUCAAACAUACUAGAUCUAUUACUUCUUCUUUCUGUUAAAAUGGAAUAUCAUAAAAAAUAUUUAAGAAAAGAAUGAACUUAAUAAAUAAAUAGAAAGUCUCUAGCGAGGAUAUGAAUAAUAUGUAUAGAAUUCAGAUAAUUGGAUAGUACACUUUUGUUGGAUAAAUGCUAUUUCAGAUUUGAUUGCAUAUAGGUAAAUUAUUUCAAAAAGUGUGUUUCUUAAUAGCUUGCAACCAAAAUAAUUAUGGAAUGAUUUAAUUAAACAAAAUAUUAUAAAAGUAUUAUCAUAUGAUAAAUUGCUCGGAAAAGUAAAUAAUGAUUUUUCCUUUAAGUCCAUAGACUAUGAAUCCGAACAAACUUUAAUUAAUUUAGGGGUGAAAAAGAUCAAAAGUUUUUAAAAUGCUAUAUUAAAUCAAUAAUUUUAUAAUAAAUAAAAUUUCUUUUAAUUUUAUGUAAAUUUUACCUUUUAAAAACAAAAAAAACCACAAGAGAAAACCACUAUAUCACAACAACUUGAAUUAUUGGGUGCUGAUGAAUAGAUGAAGAGGCUAAAUCGUUUAAGUUUAUUGUUAAAAGAGAUUAAAGAAAAGAUCACUAUAUAGUAUUCUGAAAGUUUAGGAAAAUCAUUCCAAACCACUCCUUAAGAAAAAGAAACUAAAAAUAAUGUUAAUAAAUAUGAUCUUAUAUUAGAUAAAGAUGGAGAAGUGUAAUAAUUAGAUUUUACCCUUUUAAAACUUUCCUACUUGCUUAAUGAAGUAAAUUUCACUAUGAUUAUUGAGAAAAAGAGGAUGGAAAUCUGCCAAGAAUCAGCCAAAAUGAAUGAAUACUAAAACGAAUAAGAAAAACAAAAUUAAAAUAAAAAAGAGAAAAAUAAAUUAUUAAGUUAGAUUGACGAUCAAUAGAAAUAGCUUGAAAAAAUUUAUGAUGACUGGUUAAAAAUUGAUUUACCUAAAAAAUACAAUUAAAUUUUUGACCUCAUCGCCAACAAUAGCGAAUCUCUACCUAAGUUAUCUAAAGGUGAAAAAAUCAAAUCUUAAGAAAAAUAAAUGUAGAGUCAAGAGAAUGAGUUGAAUUUUAAUAGAAAAAUAUUUAUAAGAACUGAAUAUUUAACAAUAAUCAUUUAAGAAUUUUUGGAGACUUAAUUAGUCAUCUCUAAAAUAAUAUAAUGA